CAUACUCGAGAAUUCCAAUUUACAACACGAAAGAAACCUGAGCCUCUACUCGCAUGGCGGGAGAGGAUGGCGAUUAGCGCGAUUCGAUAAGAAAUUUUGUUUCUUUCCAUUGGCUUUUACUCCAAUUCUGUCCCUUUAUUGCUCUAAUUCUCUCCUUUCGAAAAUUCUGUAAUCCUUUUGUCUUGGUGGUUUGAAUCCCUAAUUCUCUCAGUCAGCUUAAUCUGGUCUAUAAAAGGGCCCAUGGAGUUCUUUAAAGCUUUAAGUGAAGAGGCACCAUUGAAUGAGCAAUGCUUUGAUAUUCCUGAUAUUCAGAGAUGCCCAUUCCUGCGAAACAUUAGUGAAUCUACAAGUUUUUCCUUCUCCUCAUCGAGUUUCCCCUUUCCUAGACGGAGAGCCAAAGGUCCAAUUUUUGAAGAUGGUCCUAACUUUGAUAUGGCAUUUAGGCUUUUUCAUGGGAAAGAAGGUGUAGUCCCACUCUCUGGGAGGUCAUAUUCUCAUUCCAAGAAUAUGGAGAUGGAUCCUGAGCUUGCACCCCAGUUUAAUCCCUUAGCAGCCAAAGCAGCGACUAUCAGUCUCUCAGCAUUUGGGCCUGGAGGGCCAUUCAGCUUUGAUUUCUUUUCUGAGAAAUGGAAGAACCAGAAAAGGAAAUCCAAAUCAUCCGACAAGGGGAAACCUGCUUCGGAAGCACAGGGCAGUGACUCAAAGCAUGAAUCACUGGGCAAUGAAUGGCUCGAGACUGGAAACUGCCCAAUUGCCAAGUCUUACAGAGCUGUGAGCCGUGUUCUACCAAUUGUUGCAAAAGCUCUUCAACCUCCUCCAGGCAUGAAAUAUAGGUGCCCACCUGCAGUGGUUGCAGCCCGAGUUGCCUUGGCCCGUACAGCUCUUGCAAAGACCCUCCGUCCCCAGGCUUUACCAACAAAGAUACUUGUGAUUGGUGUAUUGGGCAUGGCAGCUAAUGUACCACUUGGUAUAUGGAGGGAACACACCCGUAAAUUCUCGCCGUCAUGGUUUGUGGCAGUGCAUGCGGCUGUGCCAUUCAUAGCCAUGCUUAGGAAGUCCAUUCUAAUGCCCAAGACAGCCAUGGCUUUUACUGUUGCAGCCUCGGUCCUAGGUCAGGUUAUAGGUUCCAGAGCUGAACGAAUCCGCCUGAAGAAAAUAGCUGAGAGGAAAGAGUUGGAAGCAGGAGCAGAAACUAAAGGUGCCAUUUGUGAGCCUAGUCCAGGUGAGGUAGGUGAGCUCACUGCUGGACGUUGUGGUGGGAAGAAAAUUAUGUCGGACCCUCUUCUAUUUAAGCCAGCUGGUAUUUCCCCAGCUAAUGUUUGUUUUUAAUUUUGACUGCUCUGAUUGGUUGUAUUCAUUUGGAAGACUAAAUUUCAAAAUAUAGGAGGGAAGAAGGGAAAAAGAGAGAAAACGACAUUGUUCUUGCACAUAAUGAUAUCUGAUUAUCGUUUCACCUAUUUUAUUUCUUCUUGUAAAACAUGAAUCAGACUUUGAUGUUAUAAUUGUAUUGCUAUUGUACAACUUGACAAUCGACUGGUUUGAGAGUUGACCUGCAUUUUGAUGACUUGGUGAUGAGCUAAUGAAUGAGUUAAAUUUUUCAGGUUGCAUCUCAAAAC